AAGCUAUUGUGAAAGGGCCUAUGGUUCAUACAACACUACAUCAUCAUCGGAUCUGCAAUCACGGGACCAUUCAGAUGAAAAUGGCUUUUGUCCCUUCCAAGCUGCUCAGGAAACACACAAGACAUGUUUGCAGCCAUCAAUGAUUCUAUCCGGAACGUAAGACUGGUCACGAUCGACUUUGCCGGAUUCUGUACCAGCACCGACCAUCUACGACAUUUCUUUCGUAUGAACAAAACCGUCGUCGAGAUUGUUGUCGAUCUUGGGCACAAGUCGGACGUAUUCACGCGACAUCAACUACUGAAAGACGAUCAAAUCUUGACAAAUUUCAGCGGUCGGAAAGCUUGUAUGAACCGUUCAGAAUAA